AUGGAGAAGUUAUGCCGGUCAGAGGAUUACAGAAAUUGCUGGCGUUGUCCUACCUUUGAUCCCAAGCCUAUUCAGGGUGAUUGGAACGGUGCUGGUGCUCACACAAAUUACAGUACCAAGUCAAUGAGGAAGGAAGGAGGCUUUGAGGUUAUCAAGAAGGCAAUCGAAAAGCUUGGGAAGAAGCACAAAGAGCACAGUGCUGCUUAUGGUGAAGGCAAUGAGCGCCGUCUCACUGGUCGACACGAACCCGCUGAUAUCAACACAUUCAAAUGGUGUGUGGCAGACCGUGGUGCCUCCGUUCGUGUUGGCCGACACACAGAAAGAAGGAAAGUUAUUUUGAGGACAGGGACCUCUUCUAACAUGGAUCCAUAUGUGGUCACUUCCAUGAUUGCGAAACCCACCAUUCUGUCGAAUGAAUUCUCAGCAUUGGGCUCAUGA